UCCCCACCCCCCUUUCUUUUCCCCUACCCUCCCCCCUCUUAGAUUCUCGUACGCCCUCUACGUGGUAUCGCGAUAUUUUGGACAUGUCGCAGGCAACAUGGCGGAAGCGGAUGGAGAGACGCUGGAGUCCUGGUUGAAUAAAGCCACAAACCCUGCAAAUCGUCAGGAAGAUUGGGAGUACAUCAUCGGCUUCUGUGACCAGGUCAACAAGGAGUUGGAAGGACCACAAAUUGCUGUCCGGUUGCUGGCUCAUAAAAUCCAGUCUCCACAGGAGUGGGAAGCAGUGCAAGCCCUUACUGUCUUAGAAGCUUCUAUGAAGAACUGUGGGCGGAGAUUCCACAAUGAAGUUGGAAAAUUUCGAUUCCUAAAUGAAUUAAUCAAAGUGGUAUCUCCAAAGUAUUUAGGAGACAGAAUAUCUGAAAAAGUGAAAACUAAAGUCAUUGAAUUACUCUUCAGCUGGACAGUUGCUCUCCCAGAGGAAACCAAAAUUAAAGAAGCUUAUCAAAUGUUAAAGAAACAAGGGAUUUUGCAACAGGAUCCUCAGAUCCCCAUUGAUAAAACACUGGUUCCUUCGCCUACAACUCGUCCUAAAAAUACAGUGUUUGAAGAUGAUGAAAAGUCUAAGCUAUUAGCCAGGUUACUGAAGAGCAAAAAGCCUGAGGACUUACAAGAGGCUAAUAAACUGAUAAAGAACAUGGUAAAGGAGGAUGAAGCCCGAAUGCAGAAAAUAACAAAACGCUUAAACACACUCGAGGAAGUGAACAAUAAUGUGCGUCUUCUGAAUGAGAUGUUGGCCCAUUACAACAAGGAUGACUCGACGGAAGGGGAUAAAGAGUUGAUGAUGGAGUUAUACGACCAAUGUGAGAAAAUGAGGCGGGCAUUAUUCAAAAUUGCCAGUGAGACAGAGGACAACGACAACAGCUUAGGUGAAAUUUUACAAGCCAGUGAUGACCUUUCACGUACAAUGAACUCCUACAAAAAGAUUGUUGAGGGACAGGCAGUAAACGGAGAGCUCAGUUUGACAGAACCUCCGAAGCCACCGGGCAGUGCUGGAGCCAGUGAUACAGGGACACUGAUUGACUUGGCUGAGUUGGAUGUGACCUCUGCAAAGCCUGAUCACACGGUAGCUCCAAUAUUUCCCAUCAUCCCUCCUCCACCAAACGUCUCGGGCGACUCUACGUGCCGAUUGAGCAGCCUGCCGGAUGUGAACAAGCAGCCUCCCAGUACAGCUGCUGCUUUGGGACUACUGGACGUGGAGCUGCUCUCACUGGGACUGAAUGAUCCUCCUUUGUUUAACGGUGUCGAUAAAGAGCGUAGUGAACCUCCGCUGAAAAGUUUACUGAUGGACAGCCCCUUCACUGUGCCCCUCGCUCCUGCUGGGACCAUACCCUCCACAACUCCGGCAGCACAUUCCCAUACCAGCAUCUUCGAGCAGCCCCCUUCGCACUCAUUCCUGGCUUCCCAACUCACUCAUGCCCCUGCCCCCCGUCUGCCCACCCAGACGCUCCCCCUCUUCCCAGGAGACUUGUGCUCCUCGUCCCCAGCGGUGUUCAGCAGCAGCUUCACCCUGAACACACUGGAGCAGAAGCAGCGAGAGGAGCCCUGGGGUGCUUCUCGUGUGAUGGGUGUGGUGUCUGGGACAGUGAGAGGCAGUGGCCAGUGCACAUCCUCGGUGGCACCGGGAAGCCCCCUUUUUCACUCGCUCUCCUCUCAGCCGGUCAGUCCCCUCCGAACUGGAGCACCAGAAGUGUCACUUGCCAAUGUGCUGGUUCCUCUGGAGACCAUUAAACCAAGUAGUGUUCUCCCAGUGACUGCGUAUGACAAGAACGGCUUCAGGAUCCUGUUGCACUUUGCGAAGGACUGCCCCCCCGCCAGGCUGGACGUGCUGGUCAUAGUCAUUUCCAUGAUCAACACCUCGCCCCUGCCCAUCACCAACAUCGUACUGCAGGCAGCAGUACCCAAGACAAUGAAAGUGAAGUUACAGCCUCCGUCAGGGACUGAACUGGCUCCAUUUAAUCCCAUCCUGCCUCCAGCCGCCAUCACCCAGGUCAUGCUACUGGCAAACCCAUUAAAGGAGAAGGUGCGGCUGAGGUACAAGCUGACUUUUGCAAUGGGACAUCAGAUCUGCUCGGAGUUUGCUGAAGUGGACCAGUUUCCCCCAGCGGAGAAGUGGGGAAGCCUCUGACCCCCAGGGUCACAGCUCGUUUCCCGUGACAGUGAAUUUGAACAGUUUCCAUGAAGCACUGUGUUAUCUGUUUUGUCUGAAGUUUCAGCAAGUAAUGAAGGAAUGUAUUUGAAGGUGUGGAAAUAGGUUGAUGUCUUCCACAGGACUUGAGUCUUGUCGCUGCCUCUGUUAUUCUGUCGCACUGUGGAGGCUACACUGUGUCCAUUCUCCAAAUACUCCAGUCAAAAAUGGCAAAAGCACACUGCACCCUUCACCAAUUUCUUUAUCAGUGACACCCGGGUGCAGCUAAAUUCACCAAACACAACCAGGUUGCUGGCCUGAUUGAGAUCCCGGCUCCGAAGUUGAAGAAUUAGGCUGUAGUGCCCCCUGUAUUUAUCCACCAUCAUUGCCAUGGUUAAGGUCCAGGAAGGUGACCAGCACCACUGGUCUGUAAAAUGUUAAGACAUACUCAGCAGGUCAGACAGUUUCUGUAGCAAGUGAGACAGAGUAAAUAUUUGGGUCAAAAAGAUUCUGAAAUAUAACAGGAAAUUGUCACCUGGCCAAUACCUACAGAGACUGACGUGCUGAGUAUUUCAAGCACUUUCUGUUGUUAUGAACCUGCAGGUUGAUGACUAUUCAUCAGAACUGGAAAGAUUAAUAUUACAGGUACAGGCAAUGACCAAAGAGAUAGUGGUGUGACCAUGAAAGACAACAGAUAGCUCUGGUGGAUCAGUACCAAACAGCACUGUACUGAGGGUUGGAUCUAAAGGCCUUAAAAAGUCUCAUCAAAAGAUUGGCUCUUAUCCCUUAAAGCUACAUUGACUCCACAUUUUAAUGCUGCUCAGAAGGCAGAGGGGUUAGUGGGACUGAAAAGGAAACUGUUGCUAAUGUAGGGAAAGAGGUUGUGACUUUGGCCUCGGGGUUGUCCCGAAAGGGACUGGGGCAAGACACCUGCACAUCCCGUUCAGAUCCCUCAGACUGAGGCUGUCUUCACCUGAAUAUUGAGGAAUGGUCUCAACAUAGUUCAGGUGAUUCUGAAAUUUACUGAGCAUUAAAUAAAGGAAACUUUCAUUUUGCUUUUCUGCAUUGAGAGGGUUGGUUACAGAACCACCUGCUGUCCAGACCUCCAACUCCUGUGGACAGGACACCCACAGGAUCUAUUCCCUGCACCGUUGCACUGCUCAGCUCUUAGAUUGCACAGUAGCAUUUAUUGAUAAAUGUUCCAUCCACCUAAGUUAAGCCGUAAAAAUUUGUUCUGUAAAAAACUGGUUCAGCCUUCCUCAUCCCUACCCCCAGAGCACCCUCCUCCCCUAAAUGCUUUGACAAUGUGUGACUGUCACAGUGCUCGGAGAUACAGGCACUUCUCGCUCCCAGUGCUGUCACAAGUUGUUGCUGCUCUGUAUAACGUAUUUAUUGUUCAAGAUUUCAUUCUUGAAACUGUCCUGCAUCCAGUGCAGUUUGUGUUCUAACUCAAAUUUUAAAAGUGUUAUUUUUAAAUUCUAAGCUGUUGAUUCCUGCAUGAUAAAUUUAUCUUUACAUCUUCCUGA